GUUGGUAGUUCCGGAAUUAGUCGCACCACGCUUUUUAGGUUAGGUUAUCGGGGGGGUGUUCCUUUGCGUUUUUGGGCGCGAAUACAAUUGGUAUUGUAAAAACGUGGUUUGAUUAAUAAAUCAAUUUAAGAUGGAUAAAUCGAAAUUGGAAACGAUGGAUAUCACCCCAACGAAAGAAACGGUUUCUGCGGAUGAAAUGACAUCGAGAGACUAUUAUUUUGAUUCGUACGCUCAUUUUGGUAUACACGAGGAAAUGUUAAAAGACGAAGUGCGCACGUUGACCUAUCGUAACUCAAUGUACCACAAUAAACAUCUUUUCAAUGGUAAAAUUGUGAUGGAUAUCGGUUGUGGAACGGGAAUUUUGAGCAUGUUCGCCGCGAAAGCAGGUGCAAAACAUGUUAUAGCCGUUGAGUGUUCGAAUAUCGUUGAUUACGCGAAAAAAAUCGUUGAAACUAACAAAUUGGAUCAUAUUAUAACGAUUAUUAAGGGUAAAGUUGAAGAAAUUGAUUUACCCGAAGGUAUCGAAAAGGUUGAUAUAAUUAUAUCGGAAUGGAUGGGUUAUUGUUUGUUUUACGAAAGUAUGUUGGAUACAGUAUUAUACGCUCGUGAUAAGUGGUUGAAACCGGACGGUGCGUUGUUUCCGGAUCGUUGUUCAUUAUUUAUAACGGCUAUUGAAGAUAGACAGUAUAAAGAUGAAAAAAUUAAUUGGUGGGAUGACGUUUACGGUUUCGAUAUGAGUUCAAUUAGGAAAGUGGCUAUAAGCGAACCUCUCGUAGACGUCGUUGAUCCAAAACAAGUCGUAACCAACGCGUGUUUGGUUAAAGAAGUUGAUCUGUAUACCGUUAAGAAGUCUGAUUUGGAUUUUUCGACGCCGUUUCAUUUACAGGUUCGUCGAAACGAUUACGUUCAAGCGCUGGUUACAUUUUUUAAUGUUGAAUUUACAAAAUGUCAUAAAAGAAUCGGGUUUAGUACGGCUCCCGAGGCACCUUAUACUCAUUGGAAACAGACUGUUUUUUAUUUCGAAGAACAUCUUACCGUUAAAAAGAGCGAGGAGAUUUUCGGAAAGUUUGAGAUGAAGCCGAAUCCGCGUAAUAACCGCGACUUGGACUUUGUGAUUGAAAUUGACUUCAACGGUGAAUUGGGUGGUGUGCAUGAAAUAAAUCGAUACAGGAUGCGUUAACGCGAAAUUUACUUUUCAUACUCUAUUUUUUAUUGUCUUCUUUUUAAUUACGUCGAUAAAAAAUUUAGUAAUCCACCCAG